AUGACAUCUACUCCUCCCCAUCAAUACUCCGACUUCUUCAUCCCAGAACUUCCUGUCAAUAGCUUGCGCGAGUUAUGCGCGGAAGAUACGCUAGCGUGCUGCAUCCCCGUGGGCACUCCUGCCUUCAACCCGUCAGCCGGUCUUUCUACACUGUUCUUUCGGCUAAGCGAUCGAUGCGACUCGUGGUCUGUCACCCCCUCAUCGACCUCCGUGCCCGCGAUGAAUCAGAAAAUUGUAUUUGAGCCGGCACUCGAAGAUGCAUCCUUUCAACUCGGCUGGAACGGGAUGCUCAGCCAGCUGCCCGAUGCGGCUGCAUAUCUGCCAGCAGUAAAAUUUGCUCUAGGGAAUGGUCUCGAUUCCGAUGUUUUUAUCCUGCGGCGGGACUGCCUCACUGACAUAUCCAUCCCUAUCAACUCACGUCAAUCACCGCCUUUACAAGGAUGCGACAUUAUCGCACUUCGUUUAUCAACUGGUGCUUGGCACCACUACGUCUUCCGCGAUCUUGUCCAGAUGUUUCCUGAAGCAAUCGUACACGAACGAUUUGACAUGCUCAAAGUCAUAGGGAGAGGCGCCUAUGGUGCCGUCUUCCUCGCAAAGCGUCGCGCUGCCCCCGGCGAUCUUGUGGCAAUCAAGCGACAGCAUUGGGCCGCUGAUAACUUGGACAUGGCGGAUAUAUGUCCACCUUCUAGUCGUCGCAACGAGGCAGUAUAUCUGGAGACCAUGAAGGCGACCGGCGGAAUAGAGUAUUUGUGCAAGAUCUUGGAGCCGGAGAUAAUUUCUAUCGCUUCUGCCCUCACAGUGGACGAGUACGAUUCUAUUCGUAAAGAAAGCUUUGCUGUGCACUGUAUGAUCUUGGAGUAUCGUGAGGGCGGGACGUUGAGGAACUUCAUAAGGUGGUCAGGAAACAAAUCUCUCAGUGAAUCCGAGAUGCGUUACUUUGGGCGUCAAAUACUAAAGGGACUAAUGACCCUGCAUGGGAACGACUUCAUCCAUCGCGAUUUGAAGAUCGAUAACUUACUCGUCCGCUAUACUCCCAAGAAGAGUGUCGUGACGCCAGUUGUCAUCGGAAAGAACGUGAAACGGCAGCGUGAGGAUGAGAUUGGCAUGACCUUUAAGGUUGGCACCGUGGGCUGGUUUCCUCCGGAACUUGAUAGUCUCGGGCAGGGCAACCGCACCCACAAGUCCGACGUAUGGACUGCGGGAUUGAUACUGGUGGCACUCCUGACAAACAACUUCAAACCCAGGCAUGGAAUCAAGCUAGCAGAUAUCCAGAUUCUGGACAGUGAUGACUUCAGUUCACAAUGUCGAGAAGUUCUGAAAGGAUUGUUGCAAGACUUGCCGGAAGACAGAAUCUCCAUCGCGGACGCCCUUGCCAGCCCAUGGUUCUCGGCCGCUGAUAGCAUGUACACGAUCUUUCCUGGUCUUACCGAUGGCCACGUAGCUGGCCCCAUUGAUAACUCGUCGUUGACUGCCGGACAUUCCUACGUCGAUGCUACGUCCGCGGCGGCAGGCAGGGACCAGUCGCCCGAUGCGACGAUCAGGGCCGUCGCUGUGCACGGGCACGACGAUUCGGUGACGCCCGUGGGCUCGGCCGUAUGCGCCGUUCCCACCAUGCCAUUGGAAUCGCGACUACAACUUCCCCGCGAGGACGUCCGCGGUCCAGUCAUAGCUAUGGCAAGCCCCGACGUACUUGCGGUGUCACGGAUGGACCAUUCCAACUCUGACGCUCCCGAUCGAACUCCUCAGCAUUCGCUUUUCUCCGCUCAGAGCUCAUUGUCGGUGCAGGAUGCAAUCUCUUCGCACGCCUCGCUCCUGGCACGGGAGACACUGAUCGCACGCUCCAUUCCGACGGCACGCUCACACGGUUUAACGUCUGUGCGCGGCGGUCCUGGGGGCCGUUAUGGACAUCUGCGGCCUGCGACUGCCAGCGCAAGCGGGUCUUCCAACGCAGCCAUCAGGCGCCCUCCAGCGCGGCAGAAGCGGGUGAACUCGCUGGAAGUUGAUGAAGAGCUGGAGAAUAGCAUGGACUUGACUGCCUGA